AUAACAAAAGUUGCUCAGAAAGUUUAAUUAGAUACUUAAAUUUUCAUAUUUACUAAAAACGCGGUUACGUGCACGUGGGCAACAUUGAAUCAAAAGGAAUCACUUGUCGCAACAUGCCAUGUCCAUUAUACAAGUUUGAAGAUUUCAUUAUGAUUACGCAUAUGCUUAUAGGUAGGGGUAGCAAUGUUCGAGUAUAUAAAAUCAAAUGGUAUUCGCUUUAAUCUCAAACACUCAGUGACAGGUAUAAGUGCAAGGUAGAUAAAUUGAACCACAUUUUAUCGAGAUGAACAUUUUACCAAUCUUACUUUUAAUAAGUUUCUAUUGGGCUGCUGUACAGUCGCAACCGGCGGUAACGAAUGAAUUGGAAAAUCUUUCUCCGAACUCACCUAUUGAAAGUGACACCAAAGAACUUCAUGUUCGGCAUAAGAGAACUCUAUUAUUAAAAAAGAAGCUUAUUGGUGCAGGGUUAUUUGGACUUGGUCUUGGACUCGCCAAAGGGUAUAAAGCUGGGUAUCACUACUCGCCAGAAGUACAUCAUGUUUACAUUGCUCCUCCACCCCCUGUUAGAUAUGUUGAGUACGUGGAGAAACCAGUAUUCAUAGAGAAAAUAGUGGAAAGACCAGUAGAAAAGUCACUCGUUGAAUACAACAAGCACUGGUCUUCACACAAUGAACCAUUGUCUUUCUAUGGAUACCCAUAAUUGUUUAUGUGUGAGUGAUUUAUUUUAAAAAAUGUCCACAUUGUGUUAUAUUCUAUUUUAAGAUUGUUUUUACAUUUGCUGUUGAAGUUGAUUUAUGUAUGUUGUAUAUUAUAUAUACUUACGUUGUUGUUACAAAUUUAUGUUUUUCGUUCUAUUGUACAUAUUUUUAAGAAAAACAGUUUACUUUUUUAUGUAUUCAAUAAAAUAAUUCAGUAAAACGUAUUUACGUCACAAACGUAGAAUUACUGUUAAAUUUUAAAUGUCUGGAUGUUGCAAUGAAUACAGUGUAAUGUUUAUAAAAUUUACACUGCUUUGAAAGAAAAAAAAAUUAAACUAACUUACUUUUAAACACACUGUUAUUAGUUUGUUAUGUUUGUAUAUGCGUAACGGAAUCUUUGAACGUGAUUUUCACCUACUUUAAAAUGUCGAAUUAAAUUGAAACUUAUAAUUGGCCCACCCGGGAAAAAAUGAUCAGAUCUGAUCAGAUACACAGAAAAAAAAUUAACUUGAUUCAAGA